AGGCAGUGAACAGCAGAGGUCUACUAACGUUAGCUCAGCAGCACAUUAGGACAGAGAGACAUUCAACAGAGAAGACGUUAUUUUGCGGUGAACAUUUCUGAAAGCCAAUGUUAACUUUCGGAUAGUACAGUUUGCUAGACUGUCUAGCGUUUAAGGGGGGGCUAGCUUUCAGUUUACUCGCUGGUGUUCUGCGGUGGAAAUAGCAAAAAAUGUCGUCUCCAAGUCCGGGUAAAAGGCGAAUGGAUACCGAUGUGGUGAAACUCAUCGAGAGCAAACAUGAAGUCACCAUCCUCAGCGGACUCAAUGAAUUUGUAGUGAAGUUUUUUGGACCACAAGGAACGCCGUAUGAGGGAGGCGUGUGGAAGGUGCGAGUAGAUCUUCCUGACAAAUAUCCUUUCAAAUCGCCAUCAAUAGGAUUCAUGAACAAGAUUUUUCAUCCCAACAUUGAUGAAGCGUCAGGAACAGUGUGCUUAGAUGUCAUCAACCAGACAUGGACAGCCCUUUAUGAUCUGACCAACAUCUUUGAGUCGUUCCUGCCCCAGCUGCUGGCUUACCCAAACCCCAUCGACCCUUUGAAUGGAGACGCAGCUGCCAUGUACCUUCACCGGCCAGAGGAGUACAAGCAGAAAAUCAAAGAGUACAUCCAGAAAUAUGCAACAGAGGAGGCUCUGAAGGAGCAGGAGGAGGGGGCUGGCGACUCUUCAUCUGAAAGCUCCAUGUCUGAUUUCUCAGAAGACGAGGCCCAGGACAUGGAGUUGUAGUGAAAGGAGGGCUCCCCCAUCCCGCCCCCUCCUUUUAACCCCCACAGAGACUAUAUUUGAUUUCCUAACCAUGAGAAAGCAGACUUAUAAUAUUCAUAUUUAAACAAGUUGAUUUUUUUAUUAUUAUUAUUAUUACUACUAAACAAGGAUUUUUAUGGAUAUCUAGCCUUUGGUGUGUUUGACAGACACCCCUCCCAUUCUGUAGCUGUUUUUCCCCACACAGAUUGCUUUCAUAUUCUCUCCCUGUCAUCUCUGCAUUUUUAAGGUGUGUCACGUAGUCAUAGCCAGAAAAAAAACUUCCCCCGUGAACUGCUCAUUUUGUUUUUUCAAAUUUCACUUUUUAAAAUAUAUCUUUCCAGUUUGACCUGAA